GCUCCGUAGGCUUUCCCUUCUGCUCCUGCGCCGAUGCUUUGCGUGGAGUCUCUUCCCUCCAGCAUACUGCAUUUGUAGUAGUUUGUCACUCUCUAUAGUUAUUGUUUGCCUGCCUGCGUUUUAUUCCCUUAAGUUCAUUCAUUCCUUUUAGACUGUUCGUGAUUCUAGCUGCAACCAGACCUCAGCUGUGUGUCUCUUCAUCCCUUUCUCCUCCAAACAGGGUCCUUAUAUUCAUGCAAUCACUGAUCCACUGCCACUCAUUAAUAAAUCAAUUGAAACCGUCCUUUGAUCCUUCGAUUCUCCGCUUCGUCGAUUUUUUUCCCUGCUUCGUUUCUGGUAUUUCUGGAAGCGGGAAAGUUUUCUUGAUAGGGCGGCUAAACAACUGAGGAGUGCUAUUCAAACGAUACCCUCCACUCACGGCAGAAAAAGUCUGAGACUGGGAAAGAUCUUGGGUAUAUUUGUCCGAACGCAGGACAGGAUAUUCUGCCCCCGACGCAUUGGUCGUUCUAUAUACAUCGUCAGUCGACGCAUCAUUAGCGGUUCCUCUGUCGUCUGCUGCCAGCCUGAACAUCGGAAUACCAAACGGGAGGGCGUCUUUGCAACAUACAGGAGGAAAUCAAUAGCUCUCUCUGCUGAUUGAAAGUCAAGCUGGGCUUAAACGUCUUCGAGACAAGCCGGCUUUGACAAAUACACGCAGUAGGAUCUGAACGAAGAGAGGAAAUCACAUACACCGAAUCUUCACCAAAAAUGGGUCUUUUUGAGAAAUUACAUGCAAAACUAGAGCUCUACCGGCUCGAACAAAGAUACGCCAGACGAAAACACCGCAGCACCCUCACCAUGGGCGCCCAAUACGUCGAUGGUGAAUAUGUCUACACAAACAAUACCGGAAGUGGUUAUUCAUCAGCCGCAACCUCGAGCUCAACAGUAGCUAAACACUCAACCGGCACGUCGUGGAGGCCGUCAGGGAACUGGGGCGGAUUCGGUUCACAGGAUCGUCGGAAUCGAUGAUGCAAGACAAAUCUUAUUAAACUGAACAAUAUUUCACGAAAAACGACAAAGAAAAAAGAAAAAAAACCAUGAAUCCCACGUCCUCCGCCUCAAUAUGUGAUAUGUACAGCUGGCGUUUCUAUCACUCUUAUCUUCGUUUCUGAACCCGGAAAAACUCCAACCUCACAACCCGAUAAUAUAUACGGAUGACUUGGAAUUCUUGCCUCA